AUGGCACCUGCAAUUUUGAGGGGCUUCCUUCCUCUGUGUGUGUGUUUCCUGCUGACAUCUGACUUUGUCUCCACAGGCAAGCUGCUGGUCGUACCCAUGGAUGGGAGCCACUGGUUCACCAUGCGUGCCGUUGUGGAAAAACUCAUCCAGAGAGGGCAUGAGUUGGUUGUAGUCAUGCCAGAGGUGAGUUGGCAUCUGGACAAAUCCUUCAACAUCACAAUAAAGACCUAUUCAACUUCUUACACAUUGGAGGACCUGGAUCGGGAGUUCAUGGUUUUGGCCAAUUCUCAUUGGAAAACUCGGGACUUGAAUUUACUUUCUGUAUUAAUGAAUCCAAACUACACCUUGUUCGAUUACUAUUUUUCACAUUGUAGGAGUUUGUUCAAUGACAUAAAAUUAGUGGAGUUCAUAAAGGAGAGUUCUUUUGAUGCAGUGUUUACGGACCCUUUUGAUCUGUGUGGCUUAAUUGUUGCCAAAUACUUUUCACUCCCCUCUGUGGUCUUCACUAGAGGACCAUUUUGUCAUUAUCUUGAAGAAGGUGCCCAGUGCCCCAGUCCUGUUUCUUAUGUUCCCAGAGGUCUCUUAGGCUUCUCGGACACCAUGACCUUCAGAGAGAGAGUAAGGAACCUCAUCUUCCACUUGGAGGAACAUUUAUUUUGCCGCUAUUUUCUCAAAAGAGGUGUGGAAAUUGCCUCUGAGAUUCUCCAAACACCUGUGACAGCUUAUGACCUCCACAGCCACACAUCAAUUUGGUUGUUACGGAUGGACUUUGUCUUGGACUACCCCAAACCUGUGAUGCCCAACAUGGUCUUCAUUGGCGGCAUCAACUGCCAUCAGGGAAAGGCAUUGCCCAAGGUAAGUUACCUCUCCAUUCACUCCUCACUGAAUCAGGACUUGCCAUUUACAUGCAUCACAUUUGUCAUUUCUUUCUGGUAUAAUGACUUAUUUUAUGCCAAUUCUUUUCCUUAUCUCUUUGAAAGUGCAGCUAUAUGA